GCCUUCCUGCUGUGAUCCUCACAACGCCCGCAAGCGACAUCGCGACAAAAUGGCAACGCCGCCGACUUCUCGCCGCAUCGGCGUUGUGGGCUUCGGACAUCUGGGGCAGUACUUGGUGGAACGGAUCCUUGGAGAGGGGGACUCUGCGGGCUUGACCCUGGCCUUCGUUUGGAACCGGAACCCCACAAAGCUCCGAGGUUUGGUUCCGGAUGAGCUGGUACUUGCGGACCUGUCGUCUUUCGCGGACAGGUCAUGUGACCUCAUCGUAGAGGUGUGCCAUCCUCAGGUGGUCCAAGAAUUUGGGCUCCACUUCCUGUCUGGCUCUCAUUUGCUGGUGGGUUCUCCCUCAGCCCUCGCCGAUCAUCAGCUGAAUGAGAAACUGCGGCAGGCGGCUCAGCAAUCUGGGAGGACGCUCUACGUCCCCAGUGGUGCGUUGUGGGCCGGUCAGGACAUCCAGAGGCUGAACGACAGCCAGGCCCUAAAGGAUUUGUUUGUAAGAAUGUCCAAACAUCCGUCCUGCUUCCGGCUGGCAGGAGACGUCCGGCCUGAGUGGACCGAAGGCGAGGGCAGGCGGGUUUUGUUCAGUGGCUCGGUAGCCCAACUGUGCCCCCUGGCGCCCAACAACGUCAACACCAUGGCGGCGGCGGCGGUGGCUGCUGGGAACCUGGGCUUCGACGGCGUCCGAGGGGAAAUCGUGUCCGACACGGCGUUGAGCGACUAUCAUGUGGUGGAAGUGGAAGUGACGGGCCCGGACGGCUUCUCUGUGCGCACAGUGAGGAGGAAUCCAGCCCGACUUGGUGCUGUAACCGGUAGUGCAACAUACAACUCCUUUUGGAGCAGUCUACUUGGUAAGUUUUCAAAAUGUCAGCGAGAAAAGAAUCGAAAUGCUCAAAUGUCAUUAUUAGGCUCGUCGCGAGGUAGACCUGCACAUUCGAAAAAUAAGAGGAUUCUAAUGCCCAACUGUGAGGGUUGACCCGUAGGCAACAAUCCAGUACCGGUACAGGUAAUUGAGAGAGAGUCACUCACCUGUCAUGGUGCUACGCUGAAUGAAAUGUGCAGAAUGGAUCCUGCGCCAGGGCUGUUGUGACCACGGUCUAUUCAAAGACACACACAUGUUUCUGCAUGUGUGUUGUUGCCUAACCUACUAUGGAAUGACAUCAUGGAUUGGAAUUUGGAACACCCUAUCCUGGAGCAACUUGGCAGAGUUUGACAAUGCACUUCCUUAGAAAUGUUUUUUGAUCUAUUUUAAGAACUAAUAUACUGCGUUCAGUUACAGAGGUGGAGGGGGAUGCUGGUCUCUGGAGACCCACCUUGAGUUGGGCUCGAUGGCGAGCGCCUGGUGGCCGGCCUUCUCCUAAGGGACCUGGCCGGGCACGGCACGAAGAGGCAACGUGGGUCCCCCUCCCUCUCCAAUGGGCUAACCGCUCAUUGGAAGGACCAGAUGGUUCAGGUGCAUUGUGAGUUGAGUGACAGCUGAAAGCAGGGACGCUGGAGGCCCGAUCCUCUGCUGUAGAAAAUAGGUUUCGAAAUUUGGGAUACCACCUCUCUGGGGGAGAAUGAGCCUGAGCUGGUGCGCCAGGUGAAGAAGUUCUGGCUGGAUAGUCAGACUCAGUUUCUGGAAACAGUCCUCUGGAGGUGUCUGCUCUUGGACAAUCCGAAUGGAAGACGGGGCGAAGCUGUCAACUGAUUACCACCUGGGGACAGGAUGCAGGUCAGACUUUGAAGCCAAAACGAGGAUCUGCUUAGAACAAUCGAGCAGGGUCUCGAUUCAGACAGAGUUUAAAUUCCAACCACCAGGAGAGCUUCGACCAUGUUCCGAGGGAGGCAAAAUACAUCCGAGCCCGAGUGGCCCAUGUUUCAUGCCCCUGUGGCUGCAAGGUGGUUGGUGCCUGUCCUAUCAGGGCCUUUUGUCCAUGGCACUUCAGAGGUAACUGACAAAUACCAAAUAGGCCAAGUGCAAUGUAGUUUUGGAAGUCCCUGGGGCAAAAACAGGAGGAGUUUGGAACGGAAACAGGAAUAGGAUACAAUGCACUUAUCGUGGGCUGCUCACCUCUAUUUGGGAUGUUGCGGGCCGGUGGAAGGACCUACACGUCUUCCUAUGAGGAACCAGUGCUUAGGGACUCGGUUCUCUAUCUCUCAAGUUGAGGGCGCUAAGGUUGUCAAAAAGAUCCUCAGUGUCAGAACCCCAAAGAUUAAUUUCUAAAGACUGGAUGUUGUGGGGAUGACGUGGUUGGCGGUGUUGGUGGUGUCUCUGGAUUGGCAGACCUUUCUUAAUAAGGGGGACCAGAUGGUGUGUUCCAACUAUCUUCAGCCGUCUUGGUUUCAUGGGUACCGGAGAGGAGGGUCCACCGGAUAAUCGAACCUCUGAUUCAGGAAGAGCAGUGUGCUUUCUACACUCUCUGGAAGGUCUUUGAGGUUAUACGGCAGUCCUCAUGUGUUUUGGGGACAUUCUACGGAGUUUCUCUGGAAAUGUUUACAGGUACGUAGAAUUGGACUGUUUGAUCAGUGUCAGAGCUUGGUCAGCGUUGCCGAAAGGAGGUCGGACCUGUUUCCAGUGAGGGCUGGACUCCACCAAGGCUGCUCUAUGUCACCCAUUCGGUUCAUAACUUUUAAGGACAGAAUUUGUAGGCGCAGUCAGGGCGUUGAGGGGUUCCGGUUUGGUGGCUGCAGGAUUAGGUCUCUGCUUUUUGCAGAUGAUGUGGUCCUGAUGGCUUCAUCGGGUUGGAAUCGUCAGGCUUCACUGGAUCGGUGUGAAGCGACUGGGAUGAGAAUCAGCACCUCCAAGUGUGAGCCCAUGGUUCUUGCCCAGACAUGGUUGGAGUUCUCCCACUUGAGAGUUGAAAGUACUUCAGGCUGUUCUUCCCAAGUGGAAAAAGGGAGUUGUGAGAUCCACAGGCGGAUCUGACUCAGAAUUGCCGUCUCAUGAAGAGGAAGACCAAGCUUUCAAUUUACCGGCCCUCACCUUUGGUCAGGACCUUUGGUCGGGCAGAUUGCAGAGCAGACGAUACGGCAGCAGCCAAAAGCAGAUUCUCUUACCUCUCAUUUUUAUACCAAAUAAUUCAAUCAAAAAUCAAUUGUGAAUGUAAUCACCGGGCAAGAAUCCAACUGAAUAGUGAGAUGUCACUCCUGAUGACAUCUUGAGGCCGAUAUCAGGGGUCUUACAACUCCACAUUCAAAUUGAUUCAAGGCCAUUCUUCAAUCCAGCAGAUUCCCACAAAAGAGGCUUCAAACAUUGCUAUAAAACCUUUUUAAAACAGUUUAUUGGGUACAAAAGUAGGCGCAAAGAUGGCCACUAAACGUCUUUUUAAGAUGUAUUCUUGAUUAAAUUUUUUGUUUUUUAAUAGAUUUUUAAAAAUGGAUUUAGAAUGGGAAUACAUAAGAGCCGCACGUUUUUUAAAGCAUCCGUAGUGAUUAUACGUUUAUAUUAGGGGUGUUUAAACUUUUUCCAGAGGGCUGCACACUGAAAAAUCAAAGCAUAUUAUUAUUUUUCCAUUUUAAAACCAAUCAAAUAAAUAUACUGUAUUAUUAUUGUUUUUUACCCUUAGGGCUCCCUUUAAGUUUGGUAAAUGUUAAAGAUCCUGAGGACCUGUGAAAACAAUUGCAGAAAAAUGUCUCGAGGACCCAGAAGGGCCAAACUUAUUAAAGGUGCUGUUUGCGACUUCCUCACAGUUACAUUUUUCAAAGGUAAAAAAAUAUAGCAAGAAGACCUUAGGCCCGCUUUUACAGAACACCUCCAUGUGAAAAUGCUCCAAUUUUCUCAACAAGCAAGUGAUUGGCGGUCACUCAGCCCGGCGUCAGCAACACGUACGUGCACACACAAGCAGUCCUGGAGAAGAUGUUGUUACCGUGGAAUAAACAUUCAAUGACGGCUAACGCCAACAGUCCAAAGGGCUGAUGUUAGCUAACAACACCUAAAGCUAAUACGUAGCUACGUCAUUGCGUCUCAGAAGCCAGAAGGGGGCAGCAUAGACUGUUGGAAAGUUGGUCACACAUGACUUUUUUUCUUCUUCUUUACUUCUAAUACUUACAUUUCUAUCAACUUCAGCUCUAGCCUUCCAUUAUACAUUUUUUUCCUUGGUUUUUAGAAAGCAAACACAAAAUAUGCAACAUUUUCCCCUAAACAUAUUUCAAAGUGGAAUAUUUGAUGUGAAGCAAUUGGAGCUUUAAUGAAGUCAAUAUUUCAUAACAUUGAUUUUGAUUCAUUAUUAUUAUUUGAGCAAUGACAAACUUAAAACUGCUUUUGUGUUAUCUGUGUCAACUUUUUCUUGUUAGUUUGCGCUUUUAUUCCACUUAUGUUUGUUUUUUUG